GUGCCCUACCAGAGCUCUCCGAAUUGAGAAUAAACUUUGGAGGCCAAGAACGAUCACUUCCAGACCACAGCAUUCUUUGAUUAAAAAAAAGCCCUUUUCACACUCAUAUUCCCAUCACUCUUUACCUGCUGCUUAUCUUAUUACCCACCGCCGGUGUUCCCACUCUUCGAGUGCAUACGCUACCACCACUCAGGUUACCCAUAAUGCCUCCCAUAGCGAUCCGUUUUCUCUAUCCACCCUCCUUCGGCCACCCGGGCGGCGCCAAAUCCCACACCCGUGUCACCCCACGCAUCAUCCUCGACCGGCCUCUCCCUGUCACAUCCACCGCCAUCCCCCCUUCCCCACUUAUCAGCUCAUCAUCUACCACUCCCAGCGACGCGGGUGUUCAAACACCCCAGACUGACGUGUCUUUCCAAUCCGCACAAAACCGGAAACGAAAAGCCGCCACGGUGGCAAAUGGUCCCUCCCCCAAGACAAGGUGUGUGACGAUCAAACCCCUCUUCAGACCAAUCUUGGAGAGGUGUGCAGCCUAUGAUCCGUCGGUAGACCAGUCGACGGUAAAGCCGACACAUUCUGCGGGUUUGGCCAAUGGCGAACAGCAGUAUUUGCAUCCCUAUUCCCCGACUUCAGACUGGGGAAACCAUAGAGCAGCGAAGCCUUCUAGGGAAGAGGAGAUUAGGGAUGAGAGACUGGCGAAAGUGAAGAAGAUGAACAAGGAUGAGAAGAAGGCUAGGAAAGAAGGGAUCACGAGGAUGCAGGAGUUGGUCAAGGAAAUGAAGGCCGGUGCCAAGGGCGAAGUCUACGUCCCCAAGAGUAGCGAGGAGAUUGCCGCAAAUAACACUCCUAGCGUUGGUACUCCUGUGCCCUCUGAGACUCCUGCAUCAGGCAUCAAGGCAACCAAGAAUGGAAAGGUAAAAAAAUCUCCAGCUUCUCAAUCCAACACCCAUAUGUCACCAACCAAUUCCCACGGCACACGAGCCAAGUCUCAUUCUCCCCCUUCCAAAAAGUCUGCUCUUCAGCCAGAGGAGGUGGUUGAGGCUCCGCAGACUGUGCCGCUCGCCAGUGGCAAGAUAAAGCCUGGUCGGAAGAAGGCUGCCGUCCCAGAAGCCAGUGUUUUUUUGAGGGAGAGAAGUAGGAGAUACUCCGGCUCAGACGAGAAUGAUGGCAUAAGGUCAAGUUUAUAACCGAUUUGACGGUCUUGUCCGGCCCAUUUGUUAUCACUGAAUACACCUUUCACGGUCAAUUCCGGCAACAUCAUACGAUCCUCUGGAAAGAAUCUAGCGCAUAGUUUCUUUCAUCAUUUUUCAUACAUACAUUUUCCCUCGUUUCCGUUCCUAUCAAUAAGUGACGCCGUUUUAAUCUUAUGAGUACCUUUUGUAUAUCUGUUUCUGAAAGUCACUGCUUGUUCGUAUAACAUUUGAUUCUAAUUUUUCUCUGUGCGUAACUUAGCAUUGCAUCGUAGCAUGUACUUUUUCUCUUUUGU